AUGGCCGCGCAGGAGGGUGCGGCGGGGACGACGAACCAGGUGAUGAAGGUGCGGUACGGCGACGUCGACGACAGCAACUUCGCGCUGCACGGCCGCGCCGUGCCGCUGCUGGUCGGCCUGCUCCUCCUCCUCGUCGCCUUCGUCGCCGUCUGCCUCUACCUCCGCUGGGCGUGCACCCGCAGGAGCCUCCGCACCGCCGACCUCGAGGCCUCCUCGUUCGCCGCGGCGUUGCCAGCGCCCCCCGGACUCGACGACGACGCCAUCAAUGCGCUCCCCGUCACGCUCUACAUCCCAGAGCGUUCCACCGAGGAGGAGCAGGCCGUGGAGGCGGAGUGCUCGAUCUGCAUCAGCGCUCUGGUGGCCGGGGACAAGGUGAAGGCGCUUCCUCAGUGCAGCCACCGCUUCCACCCGGACUGCGUCGACGACUGGCUCCGUUCCCAUCCCAGCUGCCCGCUCUGCCGCACCAUUCUCCGUGCCGACGCCGUCGCCGUCAACGGAAGCCCCGACUCCCCGGUGUGAUUCACCUGUAAGCCACUCGCGCCAUUUAUGCCUGCCUUGACCGCAACAAGUUAAGGUAGCCGGUCCGGUUUAACAGGGCAGAAUGGACAAUGUGGCUAACCGAAAGUCCUUCGUCGUCUGGUGGAGGCUCCGCCGGCCGGAAAGGCAGGGCUAGCUUUGCAAUGGCACUACGGGCGGCGUUCUUUGCACGCCGGCCGGCGUGGGGUCUGGUCACCACGCCGGACACUUUCCCAGCUUAAUUUGCUUGUUCAGGGCUCCACAAGAGAAGUAGUGUAGGCUGUACAUUGGUUAUCUCUAUUAAGUAUCUCGCGUCAUAGUAUUAGUUAGUUUCCUGACUGGAGGAGAAUGCCACCUGGUGGUAGUUCACUCGCACUGGAACUAGUGGAAUCUUGAACUGAAGUUUAAUUAGUCAGAAGAUCUCUCAGUUGUCCCUGUCUUGUUUAAGUAAUCUGUACUUUGAAUUAGUUUUUGUAAGGGUGUGUGUUUAUCUAAUGUAGUUCUGUGCAAAGGUUG